GCGGACAGCCCGGCGGUGGCAUUAGCAGCAGCAGCAGCAGCAGCAGCAGCAGCAGCAGUGUCUGACAGAGACGCGCAUCCUUCUCCUCCUCCUCCUUCUCCGCUGCCGGCUCAGAGGGACCAAGCGGCCGACACCCUCCUCCUCUUCCUCCUCCAAGGCUUGGCCUAGUUUCUUAAGCUCUCCGUUCUCCAUCUCGUCCUCAGCCUCCUUCUCUUUCCUUUCCCUCCCGCCAUGAGGCUGAAGGGCCGGGGAUGCUUCGCCCCGGGCGAGCGAGGACGAGAAGGAGGGGGAGGAGGAGAAGGCGCCGGCGAGGAGGAGCAGAAGCGGCAGCAGGGCCGAAGGCCGCCCCCUCCCCCGCUGCGCAGCCCCUUCGCGCACCAGCUGCGCUUCAGCGCCCUCCAGAAAGCCAAGAUUGCCUUCAUGACAUUGACCCUGUUCCCCAUCCGGCUGUUCUUUGCCGCUUUUAUGAUGUUAUUGGCCUGGCCUUUUGCGUUCAUCGCAUCCAUAGGAACUGCUGAGAAAGAAUUAGAACAGCCCCUCUCCUGGUGGCGAAAGGUUGUGGAUUUCUUGCUGAAGGCUAUCAUGAGGACGAUGUGGCUUGCUGGUGGAUUCCAUUGGAUAAAUGUGAAGGGCAGGCAGGCCCUGCCCACUGAAGCAGCAAUAUUGACUCUGGCUCCACAUUCCUCAUACUUUGAUGCUAUACCGGUAACAAUGACCAUGGCUUCCAUUGUCAUGAAAGCAGAAAGCAAAGACAUUCCUGUUUGGGGAACUCUGAUCAAAUACAUCCGACCUGUGUUUGUAUCUCGAUCAGAUCAGGAUUCUCGGAGAAAAACUGUUGAGGAGAUAAGACGACGUGCUCAAUCUAAUGGAAAAUGGCCUCAGAUAAUGAUAUUCCCAGAAGGAACCUGCACUAAUCGAUCUUGUCUAAUUACCUUCAAGCCUGGAGCAUUUAUCCCUGGUGUGCCUGUCCAACCAGUGAUUCUACGUUAUCCAAACAAAUUGGAUACAAUUACAUGGACGUGGCAAGGUCCAGGAGCGCUGAAAAUUUUGUGGCUUACUUUAUGCCAGUUUCAUAAUUUUGUGGAAAUAGAGUUUUUGCCUGUGUAUAUACCUUCUGAAGAAGAAAGGAAGAAUCCAUCUUUGUAUGCAAAUAACGUCAGACGUAUAAUGGCAAAGGCACUUGGAGUUUCAGUCACAGACUAUACUUUUGAAGACUGCCAGCUGGCUUUGGCUGAAGGACAACUCCGCCUCCCUUCAAAUACUUGUCUAUUAGAAUUUGCAAAACUUGUAAGAAGUCUUGGAUUAAAGCCAGAGAAACUUGAAAAGGAACUUGAUGUCUACUCAGGAAGUGCCAAGAGAAUGAAAGGCAAAAGGAUCAGUAUUAAGAAAUUUGCUGAAUACUUGGAAGUCCCAGUUUCAGAUACAUUAAAAAAUAUGUUUGCACUUUUUGAUGAGAAAGAAGAUGGUCUGAUUGACUUACGAGAAUAUGUAAUAGCGUUGUCAGUAGUUUGUAGGCCAUCUAAAACCCUUCAAACAAUACAGUUGGCUUUUAAGAUGUAUCAAUCAGAUUAUGGCACUAUAACAGAAGAUGACUUAACUUGCAUUUUAAAAACCGCAAUGGGUGUUGCAGACCUUAAUGUAGCAAACCUUUUCAGAGCUAUAGAUGUUGAAGGAAGGGGGAAAGUUACGUAUGAUGACUUUCACAGGUUUACUGAAAUGUAUCCAGACUUUGCUGAGGAAUAUUUAUAUCCUGAUCAAAUGGAGACUGGAAGUUCUUUGGAAGCUCCUGCCCCCAAUGGGCUCUGUACAGAUUUCAGUCCAGAAACUGUGGAAGAGAGGAGAACCCGUCUACAGAAGAAACUGGAUUAAUUUUAACUAUUUCCUUAUCCUCUUCUGGUGAGAGGAGUAUGUUUGUCUUGGGCCCUUCAUAGUCACACAGUUGUAUAUGACCUGAAGGAUGUGAGAGAAAGGUGCCUGUGCGUGAAUGUAUGUAUGAGUGUGUGGGUGUGUAGAUGAUUUUACUGCAUUAAUGAGCAUCUUCAGGCUUGCUGUUGGGAAGGUAUUGUUUUUCCAUCAGUAUCUUGGAAAGUAAAGAAUGUAAAUGAACUUUAAUUUCUGUACUUAAAAAGAAGAUGCUUGCGUAUUUAUAUUCCAUUGUUUAGUUCCAUGUACAAAGUGUCCUACAAAGUGUGCAUGUGUAAAGAAUACUGUAGCUCCUAUGGUGUCAAGUGCACUUCGGUGAUUAGUGUUAUCCCUAUUUAGGGAAUUGUUUUAGGGGUCAAGUUUUGCUUUUCUUUUUCACAUGGAUGGCUCUGUUGACUGCUAGCGGUUGACAGCUAUCCUCUGAGCAAGGCAAGUGUGGCUUGGACCCUUUCUUUUCAUUUCAUUUCAUUCCUCAAGGAAGAAAAGUAUGCAAAAAAAAGUUUCAACUAAGGAAUUGUUUUUAUUAUUUUUUGGGUCUUUCAGUCUAUGGUAACAUCAAUAUGGAUAUGGGGAAUUGUUUCCUGGGUUGUAUGCAAUCUGUGCUAAAGUUAUUACAGUUCCGUAAUUCAGAUUCCAUAGAAUUUAAUUUUUAAAAUAAAUAAUAUUAAUCAGAUUUCCAAAUAUUUCAUGGGGCUGCUUUGUCAGUACAUUAGCAAAGACAAAGAAGAAUACAGGAAACACAUGGAUCUGAUUCCUGGAAAUUUAGAUAACUUUUCUUCAUCCCCUUAUGCCAACCCAAAAAAUAUAUCUUCAGGUUUAGAAACACAUAAUUAAAAAGUGAAAGUCAAAUUCUCUGCAUGUUGAAUUCUGGAUCAAAUUGUGAUUUCUGUAAUAAUGAAUCUAAUUACAGAAUAUACACAGCCCUAGUCAUUUCCUUUUUUCUUUGGUUGAUGUUCCAUUUGGAUUUACUAGACAAAGAUAAUUAAGGUAUAUAUUUUUUAAAAGACAGCUUCAAAAGAUAUGACUUUUUGCACGUAACAAAGUAAUUCAUAAUAGAAACAGAACAGGCAUAAAAUAAACAUUUAUUAACACCAGAAAUCCAAAAUAUUCCUUAAAAUUAUCCAAAAAGGUUUAAAAUUCCAGCUUUUUGAAUUUUCAGAGAGAUGUAAUCCUGCUUUUCUAUUUUUCCCUGCUUUUGUAAUGGUGCUUUAGUAAGAGGUAUGCCUGUUUUGCAUAUAACAUUGAAGCAGAGUUAAGUUCUUCAUGAACUAACUGACAUAGUCUCUGGGCGUUUACAUACCUUGCCUCCUUUCUCUCUCCAAUUCCUACAUGGCAUUCUGAAUUUCUCAUUAAAGGUAGACCCAUGGAGAUGUAGAUCAUGAAGACCCACAGUACCGCUAAAGCAUGGAUUCCAGUUACCAAAUCUUGUCAGUUCAGGAAAUGUUGCAGCUGUACACUAAAUGGAGUUGUACAAAAGGACUUCUUCCUACUUCUGUCAGCUGAAUGUCCAGAGAUAGCACAUGGUUAAGAAGCAUGACUGGAGUAUAAAAACCUAAUUGGUUUUUCAGGGAACCCCAUUAAAGUAGAUUGAAUCUCAUUCUCCUAUUCAAACUUUCUACUAAUCAGCAGCAUAUUUGUCUUGUUAGGAUUUAAUUUCAAAUUAUCAAAUCCAGACACGUUACGCUACUAACUGCUUCUCUGCUGUUAGGUGACAAAGAGCAGUGCAGCUGAAUCAUAAGCAUAUUGAUAGCACCUUGCUUCAGAGUAUCAAAUGAUCUCUCCCAGCAGAUUCAUAUAGAUAUUGAAUUACAUGAGGUACAGAAUAAAAUCAUGCAGGAGGGACAACCCGUUUCUAUAAAGAGACAUUACUAUUUAAUUCCAGCAUUACUUCUGUGCUGGUAGAUUUUAUCAGCCAGGAAAAUUAAGGAUCACACAAACAUAACAUAGCCUUCAACACUCCAUUUGUGUUGUCCAUAUUUUAGAGAUCUGCAAGCUUGAAAAGAAUUCCAUUUAAUAGGACAAAUACUUGACAGAGUUACUUCAAUGUCAGUUGCCCCAAGUCUGGAAUCCAAAUCAAGUUGAACCUGAUCAGUGUCAUCCAUGAAAAAUCAAGCACACUGUUCAAAUUUAGCUACCAAAUGCUUUGGCACUUCCUCUCCAAUUCUCUCUUGGAUGAACCAUCUUAGCAUGCACAGUAGGAAAGCAGUAGUAGUUACGGUUAGAUGCAUUGGGCACUGUGGAAGUACAAUUGAAAUCCUUGCUUUCCACUUGUACCACAUAAUAUAUGCUAAUGGCAGGCCUCUUCCAGUUGCUUGAAAGCAGCCUCCUCCCUUGGGGCAAUUACACCCAGAUACCUGUCCUGCCUCUAGGGCAGUGGUUCCUAAAUUCUGGACUUCCAGGCGUUUUAGACCUCAGUUUCCCAAAUCCCAAAUCAUGGACCAAGUUAACUGUGCCAUUUGGGAGUUGACGUUCAAAGCAUCUGAAUCACUGCUCUAGGAGAACUAGCAUAAAGACUGAAAUAAAUUUUAUGGAGUUUUAUUUUAAAUUAAACAAAAUAUUCUAAAGUAAACUAAAUGAAGUGUUUAUUUACAUGCCUGCUCUGUUAAAGAGACAAAAGUCCUAUUUGCUGUGCAUAAAGGGACCAGAAACUAUUCCAAAUCUGAAGGUUCAUGCAAAUAGUCCUGGUGAAGCUGGUAAAGUAGUGUAUAUCAAGAUACGGACCAAAGAAUCCAACACUACUUUUGUUAUUUGAAAAGAGUUGUUAUGAUCACUUCAGUCCUUCUGCUGUUAGUGGGAACAGCUUUUGAUUAAUUCCAAUUGUUUGUGGGAUGAUGACUAUAAUAUAGAGUCCUACUUGAAUUAUGGUCACAGCAUUUUUAUACUUCCCUCUGUUGUUUAAAUUAAUGUUAAUGUAGGAUCUUUCAUUGACUUUAAAAACCUUACAAUAUUACUAUUUACAUGCAGUAGCACGAUGGCUGUUGGCUGCUAUCAAGUUGAAACUUUUUGCUGUUGAAAAGUUGCUUAGACUCCAGUCUUGGUUUUGUGAGACAUGUGGAGUAAGAAUAACUCUGCAGUUUUCUUCAUGGAAUGCCUCUGGAAUAUUCCCUGACCCUUUGUGUUGAGCAGCAGGAUUGGGUGUUCUGCUUGGAUCUUUGGGAACAUGAGUCAAGCACUCCAUUUGAUCAGGGAUCCUAAUAGAAACCAUAUGGGAAAUUCGGCUUGCCUUUUAAGUGAAUGCGAGUAGACUUCCCCAUCAGAUCUCCCUGUUGAAUGAAGGCAAGGGUUGAAAGAGUGGGCAGAUGCAUUGGCAGAAGUGGGAAAAAUAGCCCCACUGCCCAGCUCAUCAGGCAGAUAUUCAGAGUUGUAUAGAAACUAUAUAUUAUAUGGCUAUAUAUGUCUAUACAGAAUUCAAAAUGUGUACCAUAUCCUUUAUUUGGAAAUUAUAUGGGUAGGAUGGGAAUUGGAAAGAGCAGAUGAAGUCUAUAUUCAAUAGACUGCCUAUUGAGUAAACCCUAGAAUGAUGCUUAUCCACCCUCCUACUCACAUUGCCAAAUCGAGUUAUAGACUGAGCUUCAUGACAGCAUGGAUAAUCAUUUGCAGAAAUUAAUCCUAGGAUAAUUUUAUCUAAGACUUUAUAUGUGAGUUUGGUUUUUUUCUCCCUGUCAGUGAGCUGAAUGAGCCACAGCAAAGUUUUGGUCCUUGAACUUGAAGGUUGAGAUUGUAUUCCCAAAUUAAUACGUUCUGACUUUAAAAACCUCAGAAUUCCAACCACCUUUCAUUAUUUUUAAUCAUACAUUCUAAUAGGGAAUGAAUUCACUGAUUGUUGAGCUAAACAUAGCCAGAAAGAUGCUAUCUGCACACAAGAAACAAAACACAUGUAGGGAUGCUCCCAUCCACCCACUGCUGAUUUACAGUCUUGGAAAACAAAACAAAAAAGGGGAGAAGAUGGGAAUGGAGUAUCAUGGAACUGAAUAUGGAUGGUACCUUGAACAAGAACAUUCCAUGCUGUAGAUGCCACAUGUAUCUUAUCUUAGAAGUCUGAAAUAGUUGCUGGUGUAACGCUUUGGCAACACAGUUAUGGCUAGUACCAUUCUCUGGUAUAUAUAAGUACCAUAUGAUAGUAGAGCAAGUGGGAAAGCCUCUCAAGUUCAGCUGUGGAAGGAGGAGGGGGCUCCACUGUCACCAUUGUCUAGUUCAUUACAUCAGCCUAUCAGUGGUGAAUGCAUUCUCCAUAUCUAAAAAUCCUUAAUGUCUAUGCCAGUCCCUAUAAGAAGAAUCCUUCAUAAAGGAGCACAAAGAACUUUCUAAACAUUUUAUAGAGCCAAGAAUAGCAUUUAUAUUUAGAAUAGGAAAACAGUGGUUAACGAUGCAGGAGAGUCUCAAAAAGGAAACAUAUUUAUUGACCUCUAACUGUACUGCUUCUCCAUUUCAUUAAAUUCCUCAGAAGAGCAAAACAGUGAUGACUAAGCCCAGGACUUAUGACACAUCACUUAACUCUUCUCUGAAAGCCUUUUCUCCAGAGGUCUAACUACAUAAGAGUCACUCAUAAGUCAGGACGAUGUUCUCUUCCCCAAGCUGUGAAGUGUGAGAAAGCUUGCUUGUGGGACUGUUUCCAAGAUUAGUUUCCCUGACUUUGUCAGAUCAUUUUCUUCCAACAAUUUAUCAUUCAUUUAUCUUUCUGCACAUCUCUUGAUGCCUUCUUAAGCUUGUUUUCUAAAAGCCAGUGCCUAAUCUUUUGAAUUUGUUUUGUUUCAAUAUCAUAUAAAUUUGAUAUUAAAAUAGCUUCACCCUUAAAUGCAAGCUGCCUAAGAUUAUGUUCUUUUUUAUCAGAGUUAUGUGUCUGUAGGUCAGCUUUGAUUUUUGGCAACCCUAUGAAUGAAAGACCUCCAAAAGCCCUGGUCAGAAACAGUCCUGUUCAGGUUUUGAAAUCUCUGGGCCCUGGCUUCCUGUUUUAAAUGUUACCAUUUCUAAUGCAGUCUUCCGCUUUUCUUGCUGCCUUCUCCUUUUUAUUUAUUCAUACAUAUUGACUUCGAAAGCCUAUUUGAAAAGCUGACAUCUGGCACGAUGUGAUUCAGAUUGAACAAAACCCAGAAAACCAUCAUUUGAACUUUAAUCGUGUGUUAUUUGCAUACAGCUAUUCUGGUGAUGACGCACAAGUAGAUCCCACCCUGACACUUCAUCUUUGGCAUAGCCUCAAACUGUACUAUUUUUGUCAUUUGUAAUUUCCUGGUUAGGCUGUAUAUACCAAGUCAGCGUAUUGCUUUCCCAUCUAAUGAGGAACAAAUUUAUAGAGCUGGACAUUUGUUUGGGACUUACCUUUUAGCUCAAAUACAACCUCAGCAGACACAAACUUUUUAAGAAAAUAAAAUUGACUCCUCUUGAGGCAGUGAAAGAAUAGUAAAAAAAGUGAAUAUUUAAAAACACAUUUUUGUAUAUAGAACUAUAAUGAAAUGAAAGCUCAAACAUAAUGGAUAAUUGUUCAUUCUGAUAUAUUCCUGAAAUGGACACUAUUAUAUUAGAAUACACAAAAUGUAUUUCUUCAUCUGUUAGCAUUUCCCCCUCUUAUUAAAGGUUAGCCCAGGUAUAAAACUAUUGUGAUGAUAAAAAUGCUCAAAAGAAUAACAUAGGCCUGCAAAAUUGAAGGUUAUUAAAAUAUUUUUAAAAUGCAAGCUGGGUAUACAGGAAUUUGUGUUCUAAAUCCUAAAAUAACAACAGAUUUGUUCCAUCAUGUACAGCUUUUAUUUUAUAGUAUGUGAUGAGCCCCGGUGGCAAAGUGCGCUAAAGCACUGAGCUGGAGACCGAAAGGUCCCAGGUUCAAUCCCCAGGAGCGGCGGGAGCGGCCGCUGUUAGCUCCAGCCAACCUAGCAGUUCGAAAACAUGCCAAUGUGAGUAGAUCAAUAGGUACUGCCCCGGGGGGAAGGUGACGGCACUCCAUGCAGUCAUGCUGGCCACAUGACCUUGGAGGUGUCUACAGACAACGCCGGCUCUUCAGCUUAGAAAUAGAGAUGAACACCAACCCCCAGAGUCAGACAUGACUGGACUUAACGUCGGGGGAAACCUUUACCUUACCUAUGUGGUGAAGAGUUCUUUAGGUAGUAAAGAGUAAAUGCUAAGAAAGGUUUUAGUCUAUUAGACUUUUAAAACACUUUAAUUCACUGAUAUGAAACACAAAAUCUAUUAACAACCAUUAAAACAAACCACACUGGAACAUCAACAUGUAAUCAAAAUUGGGAAAUAACUGAAUAUAUAAGAUUAUCAAAUUUGUGAAAGCACUGUGUGAGGAAUGACAUUUUGUAUUUUUUAAAAUAUUUAGCACCCAAAAAUACAUUUAAAACUACUAUAUUGUGGGGAAAAUUCAUCAAAGGCUUGUGUUAUUUGCCUGUAUAACAUAAUGUAAGUAAAUAUAAUCUUUGGAUAUAUUUCGGCAAAUAAUUUCGGCAUAGAGACCAUUUCAGUUGUUAGAAUUGUGCAGAUUUUUCUUUAGGCAUUGUUUGUUUGGGGCUGCGGUGGCACAGCAGGUUAAACCGCUAAGGUGUAGAACUUGCUGACCAGAAGGUUAGCGGUUCAAAUCCGUGGAAAUGGGUAAGCUCCCAUUGUUAGCCCCAGCUUCUGCCAACCUAGCCGUUCAAAAACAUGCAGCUGUGAAUAGAUCAAUAGGUACUGCUUCGGCGGGAAGAUAACGGUGCUCAUGACCUAGCCACAUGACCUAGGCGGCAUCUACGGAGAACGCCGGCUCUUCAGCUUAGAAAUGGAGAUGAGCCCCACCCCCCUAGAGUCAGAUUCGACUAGACUUAAUGUCAAGGGGAAACCUUUACCUAACCUUUUAUUAUUUGUUUAAUGGAGCCUGCUUUGUUUAUUUUAUUUGAUGUGCUUUAUUCCUUAUUGCAGUUUAUUUAGUUUACUUAUCACUAUCAGAUGCAAUACACACCACUAAGACAGACUAAAAAUGCUUGGCAAAGAUUAAAAAUCUAGAUCAGUGGUAUCAAACUUGUGCCCCUCCAUGUGUUUUGGAUGUCAGCUCCCAGAAUUCCUGGCCAUUGGAGAAGCUGGCUAGGGCUUCUGGGAAUUGGAAGCCCAAACAUCUGGAGUGUCACAAGUUUGAUCUGGAGCUUUAGGCUAGUUAAUUAGGAUCAUGCUUCUGGGUAGGUUUGCAUAACAAUGUUCAUUGUGUGUUAAGUGCAGCUGGUACAUGAGGACCAAUUAGUACACUAACAGUUGAAAGCUUUUAAGGUGCCAAAACAUCUUGAAAGCAAAAUCAGUGUAUAUUUUAUGUCCAACUUUAAUAAUAUGGUAGAUCACUUAUUGUAGUGGGUCUUCUUUAUCACUGAAUCUAAUCCAGUGGAAGCCCAUAUUAGGUUAUACAUAACACAUUUUCCUUUUUUUUCCUGGCCUCUACAUUGCUAUUUAGGAAAAUUGACAAACUAGAAAUUUUUCAUUUUUGACACUUUUAGCGAUGUUUUAACCCAUCAAGAGAAGAUGCAGGUAAGAAAUAAAAUUAUUAUUAUUAUUAUUAUUAUUAUUAUUAUUAUUAUUAUUAUUAUAUUAAAAUAUUCAGAUAGAAGCUAAAAUUUACAUUAUAAUAUGAGACAUUUCAUUGCAUCUCCCAUCUAAAAAUGUCCAAAGAUGAGAAAUUGAAGUAACUUAAAACCUAACCUUUCCAUAAUAGUGAUACAUCCACUAGUAUACCAAAAAAUAUUACUGUGUCCUCUUUCCACCUGAAAUUGUCAUAGUCCAAAAUAUGCUCCAUCUAUUUUUUCUCUUCUGAUUAUAACAUUUAGAAGACCUGAACAUUGCAAAGUCAUAAAACACAAUUACUUUGCCCUAAAUUCAACUGGUAGUCUAAACUAGAAUAGAUUUAAACUAAAUCCCUUAUUGAAUAGUGAGUCAGAACUUACACACUUCCCUUCGAUUCUACUCAGUUGAGAGUAGCAAUUGGAUUAGGCCUUUCAGUCUCUUCUUCAUUAUAUCUUUAUACUUUGCUGGUUAUAUUAUUGUACUAUGGUAUAAAAUAACUUCAUUUUUAGAUCUGUCUUCCAGUUGCAUAUGUUCACCACUGCAUAAUUAUAUUUAUUUCUGAGACUUGACUGUUUCUAUUAACCAUCUAAUGAUAACACAGGCUACUUUCCCAAGAGAAGAGAAGUUUUACACACAUAGUUUGCCAAUGUUGUCAACCUACAGAAAUACAGAUGACAAGGUGGUAUUAUAGAGAGCUGUUACCCCUUAAGCUUGAUCCUCAGUUUGUCUAGAAAGUGACAAAUGACCUUAAACAGUAAUCUCAGGCGUCUGAUUGCUGUCCUCCGGGUCUGAUCUAUUCAAUGGAAAUGCCCAAUUUAGUCCAUGGAAGUUCUCACCCCCCACUCCCAAAGAGGGAUCCUUGAAGUCACUAAUGGAAGUUAACAGUGGAAGCUUAGCCCACACAUGAUCCCACUCUGAAUGACAAGUGCUGAGCACCAAGCUCAGUGUUUGUAGCAGAUGGCUGAGUACACAACCUCUCCAAAGGAAGAGGAAAGGCAACUGUAAAUUUAGCCAUCUCCUUAAACCAUCUGAAUGUAUUUCCCUCCUCUUCCUUCCGUCCUAGUAGAUAUUAUUAGGACAGAUAUUGCUAUAAAUGAAACUGCAUUUUACUUUACACCACAAAGUAUCAAUUAGAUUUUUUUUAAAAUUCUAAUGUUGCUUCCCUACUCAAGCCUCUUACUAAGAACCUUAGCAAAAUCAGUUGAGGUAAACAAAGGGCAUGAAGAUUAUCUUGCAAAAUAGAAGGAUUAAAUCUCCUUCACUGCUCUUGCCUUUUUGAAGCCUCUUUUAGAGGCUUGCUACUUAAGGCUGUUGGCAUCCGGAUAAAGAUGCCAAGGUGGCAGUCCAUGACAAAGUGUAAUAUUGCAGGAUAUAUCAUUGUCUAUUGGUUAAAAUCCAAAAGCUAUGUAGGAUUUCCUUCAGAACAUAGAUUUGACUCAGAUUCUCUGACUUUAGAACUCCUUGCUUUCUUGGUAUUGCCUCAGAGAUUUCUCUGAUUGUGGUUUCUCAUCCUUGUUAUACACUUUGCAAUGAAUGCAGCAUCGGCAAAGUCUGUAAGCUGUAAGUGUUUCAGCUUUUCUUAACCAUAAAAAGAAGCAAGCAGUGAUCAAUUAUUUGCAGGCUUUUCUUUUGAAUGUGAGAAUCUUGGUAGAGAGGAAACAUUCUACCCCUAAAAAUUCAAAGGGAAAAUUAUACUUAAGAAAAGAGUUCACUGUCUAUUCAAGAGACCUUUUUUUACAGCUUUCCUAUUUAUACUACUACUUGUCUAAAUGGUAGGGAUACAGAGCUCUUCAUACUUAUCUUAUGGGUUUCUACCUUUUGGUGCGCAAAUGAGCAUUAUGCCUGCCUUUACUGUGUGAACAGGAACCUAUCAACAAAACGCAAACUGAAAUCAAAAUUGUUUUAAGUCCCACAGAUCAAAACCACAUCAAAAUGGAACAACAUGAAGAACUCACUACUCCAGAUCAGACUUUGGAAUGCACUCACAAACUAUUUCAUUCCUGACUUAAUUUAUCACACAAUAAAAACUCUCUGAAGUCUGUUAGUUUGGGUUCAUUUAAAUUUUAUCAAGAAGGAAGAUUUUUAGGUAGGUAUGGAGUAUUCUUUCAUACACAGUCCUGCCUUACCAUCAUCCCACUCUAUCCCUCUAAACUGCAGGAAGUGGAGAGGCUUUUAGCAAUGGGCUUUCUGCAUGGUCAGAAGUUAUUAAUAUUUUAUAACUUUCCAUUGUAUUCCUUUGCAUAUUUUUAUAACUAAGAGAGAGGUCUCUAGUCACCUGGCUUUACAUUUUUUUUAGAGCUUGGCACUGAACUUCAGCAGUGGAUGACUUAAUUGUCUUGACUUCAGAAUUUUGUAGCAAAAACUCAAGACUAUGGUCCAGGGCUUUGAUAGCAUGAACUCUAAAGCAGACAAGGGAACCAUAAUUUUAAAGACACUUUCUCAUAUGUAGCUUUUAUUCCAGGUUUGGCAACUACCUCUUCUUCUGUAGAUAUGUGUAUUUUCAGUUUUACUGUUGCAGAAAACAAGGAAAUAAAUACCUCUAUUGCAAUUUUUUUUAAAAACAAACAAACCAGGACUGAUACAAUGAUUCACCUGCAAACACAUCUUGGUUAAGGGAAUUAAAUCAUUUUUUAAAGAAAUGACAUUGGGUGAGUGGAUGGAGCUUCUGUACAACAUAAAAUGAAUUGACAAAAUAUGGGUGUGUUAGAAAUAGCUCUUUGAAGACAAAAUAUUUUUCAGUACUUCAAACAUAGAAAUGAGAGCAACAUUGAAGUUAUAUUGAUGAUGACAAACAGCUAGAAACAGAAAAUACCUAAUAUUAGAAAUUAUUUCACAACCUAUAAUGGUAGAAAAGAACUGAAAUGUAUGUUUGACCAUGCAUCAAACAUUUAAAAGUCCUGCAUUUCAGACAAUGAAGGGACAAAACCUUCAAAGCAUGUAUUGUCCACAUAUCUUGUCUCAAACUCUGAAAAUCAGUCUAGAUUCCUCCUGGAGAUGAAGUAUAUAACAAGCCAGUAUAGGUUUCUUUAAUUUAAAAAAAGAAAGGGAUUUUAAAAAAAUAUAUUAUUUUGAAUGGAUUCAGAUAGUUGUGGUUAAUAAAACUGAGUUCUGUUUACAUUAACCCAAGCCACCUUGGGUCCCAUGUCAGGAAAAAGACGGGAUAUAAAUAAAGGUUGUACCUUAUUUCUGUGGUUACUUGUAAGUGAUUAAGGCGGUUGAAGUAAUGGUGGUUAUGUGUGAGAACUUUAUUAUGAAGCUAGCUCCCCUAAACCAUUUCAGAAAUGUAAAACUUAAGGACCAAUGCUGGACAACUAUAACAGUGAACCUAUACAUUUACUAGCUUUGUAUGAAGUACUUUAUAACUUCCAAGUUACAGCAAUUGAUUAAAACUAUCUCCGAGAUCACUGUAGUGGCACCAUUUUUAUAUCUUUUUUCUAAUUCCAUAGGCAUUGAUAACAAGUAUUUGUUUUGAGGAAAGCAUUACAAAAUUGAAUCACUAAUUGAGAUUUUUUUUUUAAAAAAAACCUUCUACAAUUGUUGCAUGUUUCAGUUCAAACUGGGGCGACUUGUUUAUACAUUUUGUCUAGCAUUACUACAUUUCUAAACUUUUUUAAAAAAAAAGUAAGUAGUUUUCAAGACCACUUUGCUACUUCUGUACCCAAUGUAGAUCACUGCCUAACAACAACAUAACAGCAACUAUCUUAUACAUGCUCACCUAGGAGUAUUUGCCAUUAAACUCAAUGAGACUUACUUCUGAGCUGAGAUGUACAGGAUUGUAUGGUAGAUCUUUAACUGGACCAAUAAUAACCAUUGCUGAGUUGAAAAUAUAUAUUUCCAGACUGCAGUACUUGAUGAGGGAAUCAAUGAGUUAGACUUCAGCAACAGUUACAGCAAUGUUAUACAUUCCAUGGCAAUCAAUGCUACUGAAUUAAGCCUCUUAACAAAGAGAAAAACAGUCUACUUCUGGGGACAGUUUUUUAAUGCUGUAUCUUUGCGUUGUAGGACACAUGAUUAUAUUGUACUGAUUAAGCUAAAAAAUGUGAAAUCCAUAUUAUUUAUGAUGCAAAUGUACUUUUGCCACUUGAUUUCUGUUGUGUACAUGUACAUGUUUGUUCAUUAUAAACGUAGUACAUUCUACAUAAGAACGUCCAUGAGCUAGAUGGAUUUGAAGCAAAACGCCCAACUUUCUUCUGCUGACAAACCAAUGCUUGGAUGAGGACAGGAUACCAUCUGUUCUGUUUAUCCCACCUCUUAAGCUAUGAUAUCAUGUUAGCACUGUGAACCAGUCCAACAGUGCAAGUCUAGUCAUGUUUCAGUGCUGAAAUGUUUCAUUUUGUCGUCUUGACUUUGAAGUAGUCUUUCAAAUAAUGUUGUUACUAUUAUUUUGUACAUUGUCACAAGUUUAUACAGUCUGACCUGAUACCAGUACUAUACUAUUCACUAAUUUCCUAAAGGAAAUACCUCACUUUGAGCAAUCUCUUUUUGUAACUGUCACAUGAUUGGGAUUCUGUGUCUUUGUUACUGACUGUAAAGUGCUAUAAAACUGAACCGAGCCAAGGAACAAAAUAAUACUGGCUUUUAUGGUUUACUGUUAUGAGACAUGCUGAUUUCCUUAAAAUAAAUCUGGUGUGUGUUUGUAGAAAAUGAUCAAA